AUGCACGCGGAAGAACCAGUCGCCCCUGGUGCCCCAGCUGCCGCCGGUGGCCAGGGAUCCCAGCAGGCGCCCGGCCCGGAACCGCGUCUGUCCAGCCAGUUGCUGCCGGAGCUUUACACUUUCGUGGCGCGCGUGCUGUUCUACUUGGCACCUGUCUACCUCGCCGGCUACCUGGGGCUCAGCAUAACCUGGUUACUGAUCGGCGCCUUUCUGUGGAUGUGGUGGCGCAAGAACCGCCACGGGAAGCUCGGACGCCUGGCUGCAGCCUUCGAAUUCCUAGACAACGAACGGCAGAUCAUCAGCCGCGAGCUGCUGGGGCAGCACCUGCCGGCCUGGAUCCACUUCCCGGAUGUGGAGCGAGUCGAGUGGGCGAACAAGAUCAUCUCCCAGAUCUGGCCCUACCUAAGCAUGAUCAUGGAAAACAAAUUCCGGGAGAAACUCGAGCCCAAGAUCCGGGAGAAGAGCACCCGCCUGAGGACCUUUACCUUCACCAAGCUCAACUUUGGACAGAAGUGUCCUCGGGUCAAUGGUGUCAAGGCCCACACUAACAAGUAUAAUCGAAGACAGGUGGUUCUGGACCUGCAGAUAUGCUACAUCGGGGACUGUGAGAUCAGUGUGGAGCUGCAGAAGAUACAGGCUGGUGUAAAAGGGAUCCAGCUGCAGGGCACACUGCGGAUCAUCCUGGAGCCCCUCCUGGUGGACAAGCCCUUCAUAGGAGCUGUGACAGUGUUCUUCCUACAGAAGCCGCACCUGCAGAUCAACUGGACAGGCCUGACCAACCUGCUGGAUGCACCAGGAAUCAAUGACGUAUCGGACAGCCUACUGGAGGACCUCAUCGCCUCCCACCUGGUGCUGCCCAACCGCAUGACCGUGCCCGUGAAGAAGGGGCUGGAUGUGACCAACCUGCGCUUCCCUCUGCCCUGCGGUGUGAUCCGAGUCCAUUUGCUGGAGGCCCAGGAACUGGCCCAGAAGGACAACUUCCUGGGGAUCCGAGGCAAGUCAGACCCCUAUGCCAAGGUGAGCAUCGGCCUGCAGCAUUUCCGGAGCAAGACCAUCUAUAAGAAUCUGAACCCCACUUGGAAUGAGGUGUUUGAGCUCAUAGUGUAUGAAGUCCCUGGCCAGGACCUGGAGGUGGACCUGUACGAUGAGGAUCCUGACAGGGAUGACUUCCUGGGCAGCCUACAGAUCUGCCUCGGGGAUGUCAGGACCAACAGAGUGGUAGACGAGUGGUUUGUCCUGAAUGACACAACCAGUGGGCGGCUGCACCUGCAGCUGGAGUGGCUGGCACUGGCCACUGACCGGGAUGCUCUGGUCGAGGACUCUAGUGGCCUUUCCACUGCUGUCUUCUCCACUGCCAUCCUCGUCGUCUUCCUGGAGAGCGCCUGCAACCUGCCGAGAAACCCUUUUGACUACCUGAAUGGUGAAUAUCGAGCCAAAAAACUCUCCAGGUUUGCCAAGAAUAAGAUCAGCAGAGACCCUUCUUCCUACGUCAAGCUAUCUGUAGGCAAGAAGACAUACACAAGCAAGACAUGCCACCACAGCAAGGAUCCCGUGUGGAACCAAGCGUUCUCCUUCUUUGUACACAACGUGGCAGCUGAGCAGCUACAUGUGAAGGUGCUUGAUGAUGACCAGGAGUAUGCUCUGGGAGUGCUGGAAUUCCCCCUGUGCCAGAUCCUCUCUUGCGUAGACCUCACCCUCGAACAGCGCUUUCAGCUGGACCACUCGGGCCUGGAUAGUCUCAUCUCCAUGAGGCUGGUGCUGCGGUUCCUGCGCCUGGAGGAACGAGAGCUGGGGAGCCCAUACACAGGACCCGAAGCCCUAAAGAAAGGCCCUCUGUUUAUCAAGAAGGUGGCCACUAACCAGGGCCCCAAAGCUCCACCCCAAGGAGAGGGCCCUGAAGAUGUGCCAUGUCCCCUAGAUCUUGUUUCUGACAGCAAGGAGACCUCCAAGAGCACAACCACCACCACCAGCGUCAUCACUGCUGCCACUGAGCCCACAAGCCAAGAGACAGACCCAAAGCCCAAAGGCAAGGACAGUGCCAAAGGGUUCUGUGAACCCGUGGGAGAGAAGAAGAGUUCGGCUACCAUCUUCCUGACUGUCCCAGGCCCCCACUCUCCAGGGCCCAUCAAGUCACCCAGACCCAUGAAAUGCCCUGCCUCCCCAUUUGCAUGGCCACCCAAGGGGUUGUCUCCCAGCAUGCCCUCACUCAACUCCCUGGCCUCCUCCUGCUUUGACCUGACAGAUACCAGCUUCAACAUUGAAGGUGGUGAGCUAAGGCAACGGCGGCUGGGUGAGAUUCAGCUCACGGUACGCUAUGUGUGUCUGCGGCGCUGCCUCAGUGUGCUAAUCAAUGGCUGCAGAAACCUGACACCCUGUACCAGCAGUGGCGCUGACCCCUAUGUCCGUGUGUACCUGUUGCCAGAAAGGAGGUGGGCAAGCCGUAAGAAGACCUCAGUGAAGCGGAAGACCCUGGAGCCCCUGUUUGAUGAGACAUUUGAAUUCUUUGUUCCCAUGGAAGAAGUAAAGAAAAGGUCACUAGAUAUUGCAGUGAAAAACAGUAGGCCACUUGGCUCACACAGAAGAAAGGAGCUAGGAAAAGUACUGAUUGACUUAUCACAAGAAGAUCUGAUUAGGGGCUUUUCACAAUGGUAUGAGCUGACUCCAGAUGGACAGCCCAGAAGUCAAUGCUGA